CUGCCCUCGCUCGGGUGGCGACUUCCUCCCCGCACCCCCUCCCCCUCGCCAUGAAGAGUGGAAUAUUAAGCCCAGGAGUGGCUUUGAGGACGGCUGGAAGUGCAAUGUCUUCCAAGUUCUUCCUAAUGGCUCUGGCCAUAUUUUUCUCCUUCGCCCAGGUUGUAAUAGAAGCCAAUUCUUGGUGGUCGCUAGGUAUGAAUAACCCUGUUCAGAUGUCAGAAGUAUAUAUCAUAGGAGCACAGCCUCUCUGCAGCCAGCUGGCAGGACUUUCUCAAGGACAGAAGAAACUCUGCCACUUGUAUCAGGACCACAUGCAGUACAUUGGAGAAGGCGCGAAGACAGGCAUCAAAGAAUGCCAGUAUCAGUUCAGACAUCGAAGAUGGAACUGCAGCACUGUGGAUAACACCUCAGUCUUUGGCAGGGUUAUGCAGAUAGGCAGCCGCGAGACGGCCUUCACGUAUGCGGUGAGCGCCGCGGGGGUGGUGAACGCCAUGAGCCGGGCGUGUCGCGAGGGCGAGCUGUCCACCUGCGGCUGCAGUCGCGCUGCGCGCCCCAAGGACCUGCCCCGAGACUGGCUGUGGGGCGGCUGCGGCGACAACAUCGACUAUGGCUACCGCUUCGCCAAGGAGUUCGUGGACGCGCGCGAGCGGGAGCGCAUCCACGCCAAGGGCUCCUACGAGAGCGCGCGCAUCCUCAUGAACCUGCACAACAACGAGGCGGGCCGAAGGACGGUGUAUAACCUGGCCGAUGUGGCCUGCAAAUGCCACGGAGUGUCUGGCUCAUGUAGCCUCAAGACGUGCUGGCUGCAAUUGGCAGACUUCCGCAAGGUGGGUGACGCCCUGAAGGAGAAGUAUGACAGCGCCGCGGCCAUGCGGCUCAACAGCAGAGGCAAGUUGGUGCAGGUCAACAGCCGCUUCAAUUCACCUACCACGCAGGACCUGGUCUACAUCGACCCCAGCCCCGACUACUGCGUGCGCAACGAGAGCACGGGCUCCCUGGGCACGCAGGGCCGUCUCUGCAACAAGACGUCGGAAGGCAUGGACGGCUGCGAGCUCAUGUGCUGUGGCCGCGGCUACGACCAGUUCAAGACCGUGCAGACGGAGCGCUGCCACUGCAAGUUCCACUGGUGCUGCUACGUCAAGUGCAAGAAGUGUACGGAGAUCGUGGACCAGUUUGUGUGCAAAUAGUGGGCGCCUGCCCGUCACCUAGCCCCAUUCCCA